AUGAUCAGCCGUCAAGUUGUAUCAACUUUGCUGUCAAUCGUCGUGUUCAUUUCAUUCAUCUCCUACGGAGAUGCAGUCGUUUGUUACGAGUGUAACAGUGCAUUUGACCCAAGAUGUGGGGAUCCCUUCGAUCCAUACAGUCUUGGCACCGUAAAUUGCAGUUUCCAAGAGCGUCUCGAGCAUAUUAACAAUAUCGAGCCAACUAUUUGUCGUAAAAUUUCACAGAAAGUUUACGGAAAAGUAAGGGUAGUAAGAGGAUGCGGCUUCAUAACCGACGUAAAAGAUGACGCUGAUUGCGUAAGAAGAACUGGUACUCACGAUGUAAUGGCGUAUUACUGCUCAUGUACUACUGAUCUUUGUAACAGCUCUAAUUACGCAACACCCACUUUUGGAUUAUUACUAUCAAUUUUUAGUAUUGUCUAUAUUUUAACAACUGAUUAA